AGGCUGGACGGGUUUGCCGACAAUUUAACCGCUACCAGCGUAUUCCUGAGUAUCAUGAUAGGAUGCUAAAGAAUGCCGGACAUUUGUGUAAAAGUCACCGUCGUGGGAUGAAGGGCGCUGAUUGGGCAAAGAAACAUAAAUUGUACAUUGAUGAGUGGGAUAUGAGACACGAGAGGUUCCAAUCAACUUUUGACCAUGCAACGGCGGGCAUGGAAGGUCGCAUUAAUCCGGGCUAUAUGGCGUGGUACAAUAGGAUCACGGUGUCAUACCUAACUCAACCUGGGACACAGUCUACGGCUGGGAUGAACGAGUCAGCCUCUUCUAUGAAAGUGUUGGUUGAGAUGGCUCAGGGGAUAUGGCAUUUGACCUCUGAACAUGACACCGAUCCUCGGUUACGGCAGAUUCGGGAAAUGGUUGCCGAGGGUCUUCGUGCGACAGGUAAUACUGAUGUGAUGGAGUAUCCCACGUCGCAACGGCGAGAUGUGGUCAUGCCGACACGCCCACCGACUUCUAUUCGUCAUGGAGUGCCGGGUGUUCGGGUAGGUGGACACCGGUAUACACGACAGUAUAGGUUGUCGCAGCCGCAACAGCCGCAGCCUGAGUAUGCGGAACCAGAGCCACUGAGUCCAGAGUACGAUCCCCCCAGUUGGUCUGUCUACCCAGGGUCACAGUCCCAGAUGAGUGGUUCAAGCCACGACUACUCGCAAUGGGGAACACGAUUGUCAUGUGAUUCAUUCUUCGACGCUGGUACUGAUUGGGAUGCAGCUAGAGCACGACGUGAUCCAUAUUUCCAGAAUUACCAAUUUGUGGCUUCUGUGAGGGAAGAAGAGGGCCAGCAAGAACAUGGACAGGAAGAAGAGGGCGAAGAAGAACGAAGAAGAUGA